CCGACCUUGUCUAUCCCCCCUCAAGACGGUGGUAAAGGAGCCUGGAUGUUUCUUUUCGGCGCCUGUAUCAUCGAGAUAACAGCAUGGGCAUACUUCAACAGUCAUCCACCCUUCCAGGGCCAGAAUCUCGUCUCUACAGGCGGUGUUUUGUCGAAUGGCGUCUUGCAGUUGUCUCUGCCUCCUGUCAUGUAUUAUGUGAACAAUUUUCCCAAGCAUCGCGUGCCAGUCAUGUGGCUUGGGUGUCUGAUUUGUACAUUCUCUGCGAUUGGUGCGGGUUUUGCAAGGACGGUAUGUCUGAAUCAGCUUCUAGUUUGCCUCUUCUCGGCUAACUGNCCACUGCAACUCAUCAUGGCAAUUGGCUUGUUGUACGGCAUUGGAGCUGGGAUGUUGUUCGGUCCUUCGAUUCAUCUGAUGGCCGAAUGGUUUAAGGUAAAGAAGAGUCUAGCAUACGUNUGUGCGGCUGGCGUAGCGACAGGAGCAGGACUGCCACCUGUCUAUACAGUCUGCCUGAACCAUUACGGCUACAAAGUGACACUCAUCGGAUGGGGUCUCAUGACUUUUGUCGUCACAUCCCUCGGACUGUUGUGCGUACGUCCUCGCUUGCCAGAUUCGGCUAAGCCGCCAGCCCCUUCGAUGAGAGACUUUGACUUUACAAAGAAACCACUCUUUCUCAUCAUGCUCCUCGCAACGAUGGUACAAGCCAUUGCCCAUUACGGCCCGAGUCUGUAUCUGCCUUCUUUCGGAGCCGACCUUGGAGUGUCCGCUUCAGAAGCGGCCAUGCUUGCCAGUCUUCUGGAUCUAGCCCAGGCUAUCGGACAGCCUUUGCAGGGAUGGCUUGCCAUAGUNGACUGGCGCAAAUCCUAUUACAUCCCCAUGCUCAUCGGUACCAUUGGCGCAAGCCUCGAGGCUCUCCUGAUUUGGGGCUUUGCUCGCUCUCUCUGGUCGCUAUCCAUUUUUGCGCUAGCAUUCGGCAGUACUGCAGGUGGAUUCGCUGUACUGCGACAUCGUUUUGCAGCCGAAAUCGUAGGCGAUCAAGACGAGCAGGACAACCAGAGUUUGCUUGUGUUUGCUAUCCUGACAGCAAGUCGUGGUUCUGCAAUCAUUGGUUCGGGCUUCAUCAUGAAAACUUUCGUGCACGAGGGCUGGUCGAACAAAGGUUGGGGAGGAGGUCCGGCAUGGUCGAGCCUCGUAAUUUACACUGGCGUCAUGAUGUUCGCUGCGAGUUUCGGUGCAGUCGGCAUGUUCGUGAGUCCAACUAGGCGAUAUAGUAGAACAAAGGGUCCAUGCAGCGACGGGCCACUGAAAUGUAGCGUCAACAACAGCGAAGGCGAACUUGCCCGAACUUGCAUGGAGUUUCUGUUCAGCACGACGCAAUGCCAACACUCAAUCAAUAGUCUCGAUUCUGGGUUCGAUUUCGCUUUGAGCUUUGUGCGAUGA